GAUGGCGAGUGGUGUGGGGUCUUCAGCGUCGUUGUGGACCGAAGUGAGCCGCUGUGGACAGAAUGGCGACUUCACAAGAGCCCUCAAAGCUGUGAAUAAAAUUCUUCAUGAAAAUAAGGACGACGUGACAGCGCUGCGUUGUAAAAUUGUAUGCCUUAUUCAAAACGGAGGGUUCAAAGAAGCGCUGAAUGUCAUAAACACUCACACCAGGUCACUCACAAGUGAUAUGAUUGGGUUUGAGAAGGCAUACUGUGAAUAUCGGCUUAACAGAGUGGAGAGUGCGCUGAAGACCAUUGAAGGAAUUGCUGAACAGACAGACAAACUCAAAGAGCUCUAUGGCCAAGUGCUGUAUAGGCUGGAGCGGUACAGUGAGUGUGAGACUGUGUAUAAGGACCUGAUCAGGAAUUCCCAGGAUGAGUAUGAGGAGGAAAGGAAGACUAAUCUGGCAGCGGUGCUGGCUGCACAGAGCAUGUGGGAGAACUCUACACCUGAGGACCUGGGCCUCACUGACAGCACGUACGAGUUGUGCUACAAUGCUGCCUGUGGUCUGAUUGGUAGAGGGUUGCUCACUCAGGCCAUGAAGAAACUUCAGGAAGCUGAAGAGCUCUGUAGGAGGUCUUUGUCUGAGGACACAGAUGUGACUGAGGAGGAUAUCGAUGCUGAGCUGGCUGUGAUCCAUUCUCAGAUGGCUUGCGUUAUGCAGCUUCAAGGCAGGACAGAAGAUGCACUGGCCCUCUAUAACCAAGUUGUCAAACUUAAACCAUCUGAUGUGGGUCUGCUUGCUGUAACUGCCAAUAACAUCAUCACCAUCAAUAAGGACCAAAAUGUGUUUGAUUCCAAGAAGAAGGUCAAACUAAUGAAUGCUGAAGGAGUAGAAUACAAACUAGCCAAGAAGCAGCUGCAAGCCAUCGAGUUUAACAAAGCUCUGUUAGCAAUGUAUACAAACCAGGCUGACCAGUGCAGGAAGUUAUCAUCGAGCUUGCAGGCACAGAACCCUAGUCACCCGCGACCUGUCCUCAUCCAGGUGGCCCAGCUCUGCAGAGAGAAACAGCACAGCAAGGCCUUGGAGCAACUGCAGCGCUUUUCAGAACACCACCCAGAGAGUGCAUCUGGAAUCAAACUGACCAUGGCACAACUUUAUCUGACUCAAGGUCAUGUGACUAAAGCAUGUGACAUUUUGAGGUCCAUAGAAGAUUUUAAGCACAAACAAGGAAUGGUUUCUGCCCUGGUGAUGAUGUACACACAUGAAGAAGACAUUGAUAGUGCAAUUGAUGUGUUCAGCCAAGCUAUCCACUAUUACCAGUCAGAGCAGCCUGGCAGUGUGACCCACCUUGCCCUCGUACGUGAGGCUGCAGAUUUUAAGCUUCGCUAUGGCAGGAAGAAGGAGGCCCUCACUGACCUGGAGCAGCUGUGGAAGCAGAACCGGAAGGACGUUCACACGUUGGCACAGCUCAUCUCUGCAUACUCACUUGUGGACCAGGACAAGGCCAAGGCGCUAAGCAAGCACCUCCCCUCCCCGGACACGAUGUCCUUUAACAUAGACGUAGACGAGCUGGAAAACUCCCACGAUGCCACUUACAUCAGGAAGAGAGCUACCAAAGUGUCAGGGGAAACUCUGGCCAAGGACCAGGGGCAAGGUGAUGUAAAAAAGAAGAAGAAAAAGAAAAAGGGUAAAAUGCCCAAGAACUAUGACCCUAAAUCGACUCCUGACCCUGAGCGCUGGCUGCCAAUGCGGGAGCGCUCAUAUUAUCGCGGCAGGAAAAAGGGCAAGAAGAAGGAGCAGGUGGGCCGAGGAACUCAAGGAGCAACAUCAGGAGCGGCUGCAGAACUCGAUGCUAGCAAGAUGGCCAGCAGCCCCCCCACCUCCCCACGACCAGGCUCCGGCACUGGCUCCGCCACCAACGUGGUGCCGCCACGGCAACAAAAGCCUGCGGCUCCCGCAGCAGCUCGCAAAAAGCCCCCACAGAAAAAGAAGAAAGGAGGAAAGGGUGGAUGGUAGAAUGAUGGACAGAUGAGGUGAAGCCCAGAGGCAUUGUCCAACGACUUCCUCAUGUUAACCAUACAUUUGGAGAUUUUCAAGUGCUGGAUGAGUGGAGUGAUGCCACAGCACCCCUAUUGGGCUGGAUGAUGGGCUUGCUGUAACAUAAAUGCAUCUAGUCCUUCAAAUUACGCGAAUAGAAAUUGGAGGAGGGGAAAUGUGAAUGACUGGAGAGGUAAGAAAGGAAUUGUACAUUAAAAAAUUGAAUUAAUAAACAUAGAAAUAUGA